UAUAGUGGUAAUCGCGUCACGAUUAGUGACGGUAGUACAAUAAUUAAUACUGGCUUGAAAUUGUUAACAAAACUGUCUGGUAACCACGUCAUAGUACGAAAAACAAAUUUGAGUUUGUUGUGUCAAUAUAAUAAUACAUUCAGACCUAUAUAUAUAUGUACACACAUAUAUACUUAUAUUCGGCGAACCAAUAGUUUUCAACAGGGCCCGCGAUGAAUUACGCAAGACGACGGUGAGUUAAAGGUGGGAUUGACUUCAUAUUAUAAUGAACGAUCACACCUAUAGACGAAGGUGCGAAGCCGAAACACAGUUUUACCAGUGUGAUUUGUGCAACAAGUCCUUUUCCAAUAGCACCUAUUUGAUUGUACACCGGAGGGUGACUCACUCAGGUGAGAAACCAUACUCGUGCAACUUGUGCGAAAAACGGUUCAAUCAAAGCUAUAAUCUGACGAAGCAUCGGCGGAUACACAAUUGCAAAAAACGGUACGAGUGCGACGUGUGUGACAAGCAGUUUGCAGUUAAAAGCAGGUUGGUCGUUCAUAAUAGGAUACACACGGGUGAGAAACCAUUCCUGUGUGAAGUGUGCGGUAAGUUAUUCUGUUACAACAAUAGUUUGAUAAAUCACAAGCAGACUCAUAUGGGGGAGAAAUCAUACUCGUGCGACGUGUGUGACAAGUGGUUUGCAGUUAAAAGCAGGUUGGUGGUUCAUAAGAGGAUACACACGGGUGAGAAACCAUUCCCGUGUGAUGUGUGCGGUAAGGUGUUUAGUUACAAUAGCACUUUGAUGAAUCACAAGCAGACUCACGCGAGCGUGAAAACGUUCCCGUGCGAAGUGUGCGACAAGCUGUAUUCAAACAAAGACACGCUGAUGAUUCAUAUGAGGAUACACAAGGGUGAGGAAAAACCAUACACGUGUAUCGUGUGUGGCAAGUCAUUCACGCAAAAAAGUAAUAUGACUAUACACCAUAGGUUGCACACAGGCGAGAAACCAUUCUCGUGUGAAGUGUGCAACAAGUCAUUCAAUCAAAGAAUUCAUUUGACGCUACACCAAUGGAGGCACACAGGCGAGAGAUUAUACCCAUGCGACGUGUGUGGAAAAUCGUUCACACAAAGCUACACCAGGAAGAGACACCGGUUGAUUCACUCAAAACUCAUUAGAGAUAUUUGAUCUAUGAAUUAGACAGAGUUAAAGUUGGGUGUCAUCAAGUUACGAUUCGCUGUUCUUGUGUAAUUAGUAUUGGUGAUUUUUCUCUAUUGCAGUUAGUUCUUACUAGUAGAUAGUAAUAAAUUGCUAUUGUUUUUUUUUUUUUUUUGUUUUGAUGGCCUAUGACGAAAUCACCAUUGUUGUUUUUAAUUUUCCAUUUAAUGUUUUUAAAAAUAUCAUUGCACCUGCACACAAUUUGAUUAAUGUGCAACGUUCACGAAUAUAAAAUGUAUAACACGUAUUAAAUCUGUACUGCUGAUAACUAAACCGCGGUUAUAUAUUAAUUAUUCAGAUUUCAUAUUAGCCAUUAGCUCUUGAGUUUAUUAUUAAAUUAUCGGUAAUACGACAGUUAUAACUGGCUUCAAAUUCUGGAAAUGUCAAUACAUUAUUAACAUAACCGUGAGUUUGUUAUGUUAUUAUAACAAUACAUUUAACUUAUAUAUUUGGCGAACCUAUAGUAAUCAGCAGGACCCAAUAAAACACGCGAUACGGCGUCGACGGUACCAGUGAGAUUGACAUCAUACUAAAAUGAACGAUUCCACCUGUAGCCGAAAGACGUGCGAGGCCGAAACACAGUUUUAGCAGUGUAUUAAAUUAUUCUCCAACAUCACCUAAUUGACUGUACACCAAAGGACGACGCACUAUGAUGAGACACCAUUGGCAACGUGUGCGAUAAACGGUUCAGUCAAGUCAAAGAUAACAAUAAUCGGUAUGAUCUAACAAAACAUCGGCGGAUACACAAGGACGAGUAUCGAUACCCGUUCGACGUGAGUGACGAGUUUGAAAAUAAAUUAAUAAUAUAUUCAUUUGAGGAUACACACGGAGAAACCAUACCACAUAAGGUGACGUGUGUGGCAUGUAGUUUGCUGAAAGAGGGAACAUAAUGACACACCGGUGGAUGCUGAUCUGUGAUAUUUUAAUGUAUGGAUAGGACAUAGUUAACAUUGGGUUUCAUCGUCUUCUGGUUAGGUUCAGGUACUAUAUUUACGUAUUAAUUUUUUAGUAUAGUUGUUUCUUAACGCAAACUAAUAUUUUUUAUUCAUAAUUUAUUUCAAUUAUAUGCAUUUUUAUAUUUUUUGUUUAGCGAAUAUCCUGGGGUAGUUUCUAACUAGUUGACCUCAAAUUCAAAAAUAUAUUUGUAUUAAUAAAAUUAUUCAGAAAAAUAUUCUUUUCAGCUGGUUUUUUAAAUUAAAAACGUAUAACGAUAAUAUAAUGCAAGGAAUAUAAUUUGGUUUCAAAAACUUUGUGUUCCACAAACUUACAAUCGUAAAGAAAAAUUACCAUUUUUUCAAUAACAAUGCCUUUAACUAAGAAAAUUUGUGUUUAGAGUUAUAAUAUUAAGAAUCACCUAAAUUAUACAAAUAGUAGGUGCGUAAUAAUUCGUAGGACCCUCGAUAGAAGUGCGAAUAAAACAGCUUCGGAGUUUCUAUUUGUGUCUUG